UUACUUAAGAAUGUAAGAGCCAUUAAAGAGCUCUUUCUCACUUGGGAUCACUUUCCAAUGGAUCAUAGUUAUAAAAUGGAUUUAUGCUUCUAUCUUGUGUUUUAUCAUAAUUUUCAUUGCCAGUUUUGCUAAUUACCCAAGAUAUUUUGUUGAAACAAGUGCUGUCUCCCUCACACUCCAUCCUCUCCUCGGUAAUCCAGCUGUGAAGUCAUAAUGCUGAGUUUGUGACAUUCCCAUGGCAACUGAUUGUGAUGUCACAAACAGGGGAUUACAACUUCAUUGGAGGGUCAAAGCAAAGGCAAGGGGGCUGGGAGGAUGAAAUACUUUUAUUCUCACACAGAUAUAAAUAAGGAGCGAGAGAGAGAAAACCAAGAAUCUUGAAAGUUCCUGAGAAUGUUCCCAGUCACAGUGUUCUCCAGGCAUGUCACAUAGAUUUAAGAUCAGUAUAGCCCAGGAUGAAUUGGAAGAGUGGCAGUGAAUGGGAGUUCAAAUAUUGGCCUUGGUGACCCAUCCUUAAGGAUUCCUAAUGUUGAGUCCCCAGUGCCUGUCGGCAAAUGUACAUGGUGAUUAGGCAACAUUCAUGACAUCAGCUGGAAAAAAAUCCACUGAGCUGCAGCUUUUUGAUGUCAGGAACCAGCAGAGGGACAUAGGCACAAAGGUGAGCUACUGGCCAGGGCACUGAGAGGGGCGGACAGCCAGAUGUGCAGCGAGGCAGAUGGAGAGGAAGCCCGGUGCCAACCUGGAGAGGGGCAGCGAAAGGAAAACAAGGAGCGGCACCGUAGAAAGUGAAGGAAAAGCCUGUCUCUAAACCAGAGUGAGUCCCCUUCCAAGCACCUACCCAGCCCUGCGUAACUUCAACGGAAGCCUGAGAAGAUGCCAGAAGGGCCAAUGACAUAGGAUCAGCCCCACGCAGCCUGUAGGGGUGUCGCGCCGGUUGGUCACUGAGCAGUAAGACAACAAGGUUCUCCAUUCCCCUUGGAUACUUCCUACUGCAUCCAAACCAUGAGGAGAAGGGAGCGGAAAGUGAAGCUGCCCAAGGAAUGUUAAUCCAAAGCUUCCCUGAUCUCUGACCCAGCACCCUCCCCGCUUCCACCAGACAAGGGAACUCCUUCUCUGUGUUGCCCUUCCAGAUGGCAGGUCGCCGGUGGGCAGUGACGUCGGCGCUGUGUGCGUGUGUGGUGGCCAUCUCUUUGCUGCAGGCAGGCAGGGUGCGGGCAGACUGCUGGCUGAUCGAGGGCGACAAGGGCUUCGUGUGGCUGGCUAUCUGCAGCCAGAACCAGCCCCCCUACGAGUCCAUCCCUCAGCAAAUCAACAGCACCAUCGUGGAUUUGCGCCUGAACGAGAACAAGAUCAAAAGCGUGCAGUAUUCCUCGCUCAGCCGCUUUGGCAACCUGACAUACCUCAACCUGACAAAGAACGAAAUCGCCUACAUCGAGGAUGGUGCCUUCUCAGGACAGUUCAACCUCCAGGUGCUGCAGCUUGGCUACAACCGCCUGAGGAACCUGACCGAGGGAAUCCUCCGGGGCCUAGGAAAGCUGGAGUACCUCUACCUCCAGGCGAACCUCAUUGAGGCAGUCACCCCCAAUGCCUUCUGGGAGUGCCCCAACAUCGUGAACAUUGACCUGUCCAUGAACAGGAUCCAGAGACUGGACAGCAACACCUUUAGGGGCCUGAACAAACUCUCAGUCUGUGAACUCUACAGCAACCCCUUCUAUUGCUCCUGUGAGCUCCUAGGCUUCCUGCAGUGGCUGGAAGGCUUCACCAACAUGACACGCACUUAUGACCGCAUGCAGUGUGACUCCCCGCCAGACUAUUCUGGCUACUUUUUGCUAGGCCAAGGCCGGACCGGUUAUCGCAAUGCCCUGGGCAUGCUUUCCACCCUCUGCACUGGCAGCUCCUACACCAUGAUACCUCGCUAUAUCCCACCCCGGUACCAAGUGACCACAGCUCCAUCUGAAAGCCCAUGCUCUGAGGAAGAGUGUUUCUCCGGGGAUGGCACGACACCCCAGGUCUCCCUCCACACGCCCGGGGGUGAGCCAGAGAUACGCCCCAACAUCCGGGUGAAGCACCUCACCCACAACUCGGCCACGCUGACAGUGCAGAUCCCAUACCCGUUCAGCAAGAUGUACAUCCUGGCGCAGUAUGAGAACGGCUUCUCUACGGUCAUCACCAAGCUGAAGAAACAGAAGGAGGAUGUUGAGCUGCCUAACCUGGUCCCACAAAGAGACUACACCUACUGCGUGGUCUCCCUCCACCACGUCUUAAGGUACAACCACACUUGCCUCACCAUCUCCCCAAACAAAACAAACAGAGAGGACCCAGUGCCCACCCCCUCCACUGCCACCCACUACAUCAUGACGAUCCUGGGCUGCCUGUUCGGCAUGGUGAUUGUCCUGGGGGUGGUGUAUUAUUGCCUCCGUAAGAGGCGUCAGCAGGAGGAGAAGCACAAGAAGGCAGCUGGCAGCAUGAAGAAGACCAUCAUUGAACUAAAGUACGGGCCAGAGAUGGAGACCACCAGCAUCACCCAGCUGUCUCAGGGGCAGAUGCUGGGUGGGGAGACAGUGACCCGCAUCCCCUACCUGCCCUCCGCUGGGGAAGUCGAACAGUACAAGUUGAUAGACAGCAGCGAGACCCCCAAGGCCACCAAGGGCAACUACAUGGAAGUGCGGACGGGUGAGCAGCCCGAGAGACGAGAGUGUGAGCUGUCCAUGCCACCUGACAGCCAGAGCUCCGUGGCUGAGAUCUCUACCAUCACUAAGGAAGUGGACAAGGUGAACCAGAUCAUCAACAACUGCAUCGAUGCCUUGAAAUCAGAGUCCACCUCUUUCCAAGGGGUAAAAUCCGGGGCAAUUUCCACUGCCGAGCCUCAGCUGGUACUCUUAUCAGAACAGAUCUCUGGUAAACAUGGCUUCCUGUCCCCAGUCUACAAAGAGAGUUACAGCCACCCGCUGCAGAGACAUCACAGCAUGGAGGCAGCUCCCAAACGCUCCAGCACAUCCUCCAGUGGCUCCAUACGGAGCCCCAGAUCCUUUCGCUCUGAGGGCUCUGGCCACAAAUCAGAAGCCAAGUACAUCGAGAAGACCUCUCCAACCGCAGACACCAUCCUCACUGUGACACCAGCUGCUGCCAUUCUACGAGCAGAGGCAGAGAAGAUCCGACAGUACAGCGAACAUCGGCACUCUUACCCGGGCUCGCAUCAGGGGGAGCAGCACGACAGCAUGGGCGGCCGUAAGCCCUCCAUUCUGGAACCUUUGACCAGACCCCGCCCCAGAGACUUGGCCUACUCUCAGCUCUCCCCCCAGUAUCACAACCUGAGCUACAGCUCCAGCCCAGAAUACACAUGCAAACCAUCGCACAGCAUUUGGGAGCGCUUCAAACUCAACCGGAAGCGGCACAAAGAUGAGGAGGAGUACAUGGCAGCCGGCCAUGCCCUGCGCAAAAAGGUCCAGUUUGCCAAAGAUGAGGAUCUUCACGACAUCCUAGACUACUGGAAAGGUGUGUCUGCCCAGCACAAGUCCUGAGUCCUCACACAGCUGGUGACUGAACACUAACUGGACCAAAAAACCCCCUGCAGCAGCUAUUUUUAUCCAGACUGUCUUUCAAACAGACCAAGCAUAAAUUAUGAGAAAAAUCUAUCAUUAGUCUAUAUAAUAUAUGAAAGAGAAAGAGAUCACAAAAGAUCUCAUAUUUGUGAGAUACGCACUAAAUUUGAACACAAAGACUCUUAAAAACCCCUAUGGAGUGAAAAAAAAAAAGGUUUUUUUUAUAAGAAAAAAUAUAAAAAAGGGUGGGAGAUGGGCUGAGAUCUGAAGUCUGGAGUUCUCCAGUGUUACAUCGCAUGAUUCCCUAUUCCGUGAUUUUGUGGAUUCUUUGUGUACAGUUUGUCUUCUUCUUUCUCCUUCCCUUCCAAACAAAGCAAAACAACAACAAAAAAACCAAAAAGAAACCAGAAGGAGAAAGUUCUUUUGGGCUUUUUGCAAACGGAGUCUUCCACCUUAGACUUUCAUCCAGUCGAAGGCUCGUUCAUGUGUUUAUUCACUGGGAGGUUUUACCAUAUGUUGCAUUGUAAGCCGAAGCUGUCCUACUGUACAGAGAAAAUUUCUAUAUUUGCAAUGUUUGCUGUAUAACAAGAAAGAGAGAGAAAAAAUAAUAUUACAUCUACUAAAUAUAUAUAUAUAUAUAUUCACCUGUUUUUACCAGGUUUUAAUCAUGGAUUUUAGACAAAGCAAUUGGGUUUGAUUUGGAGGGUGUUUUUGUUUGUUGGUGGGGGAAUUGAUACUGGUGUGGGGAUUUUGGGGGUGGGAGUUGGGUUUUUUGUUUGUUUGUUUUGUUUUUAUCCUCCAGUGAAUGUCUGUGUCUCAAGUUCUGAGUGAUUCCAAGUGCACUACGAAAAAAGGCACAUUCUAAUAGAAAACCAGCGUCCCUCUCGUUAUUCCACUCAAGGAAAGAUGGGAGCCUGCCUCCUUUGGGAGCUGGAAAGGGGACCAGAGUGCAGGAAUCUCAUGCUGCCCAUUUGGUGCAACUGUUGGCCAAUUAUUUGCCAAAUAAACACACCAGUCUCUCUCUCUAUCACUAUCUCUCUCUGGAUGUAUUUAGAAGGUGGUGGAAAUUCUGAAAAUAAAAUAGACUCCAUCUUUGUGGGAAGGGGC